AUUUAUUAAUGGCAACGAAGACGCAAUGCGUUAUCAAAAGUGUAGGUUUUAAAUAAUUUAUUUUCUGUAUAAUCAAGACAUUCAAGAUAUAUUUAUUAAUAUUGACGUUCGCAAGGAAAAUAUAAGUGAAGUAGUUCAAUUAAAAUAAUUUAUUGAAUCAUAUGUACAAAUAUUCUUUUGAAAUAUUCUUUUUAAAAUUCUACGCAUUUAACGGAUAUCGAUCUUAAUACUUCCGGUAAUGGAAUCCCCAAAUUGAUGAAUUUUAUUAAAAAUUUGUAUUUCAGAUAAACGUGUAAUAUUUAUCAGUAGAUAUAAGUUCUAAAUAACAAAACAAUUACAAUUAAUGAUAACAUAAUACAAUGUUUUUACUUAUGUACUUAAAUUCCAGCAGUAUGUUCUAAUUGAUCGAUAAAAUACAUCGAUACUUUAUAUUUAUUUAAAAUAAUAAAAUUAAUUUAUAAGUCGGCCGGCAUUUGAGAUUGGGCGCAUCGAAAGAAACAAUGAAAGUUUGAACGUGUGAUUGUGUAAGGGAAGUUGAACUGGGAGAGGGUUACAAUAGUUUACAAUAAUGGAUAAUUGUAUUUUAUAAUAUCAUUAAAUUUCGUCGUAAUAGAACUGUGAUGUGUUGAUUCGUUUACACCGAAAUGACUAUCGACAGGUUGCAUGUUACUUGCGAAAAGUAACGGUAUACUUCUGGAGCUUUCACGUCGAACGCCAUCUAAUUUGUGAGUUUGGAUUCACGUUUUACAGGAAAGGCUCGUCAUUGCGUGUAGAGACGAGUAUUAUUUCGAGUUCACAUUAUGGGGUUCGAUGUGAACCGAUUUCAGGGCGAAGUUGACGAAGAACUUGUUUGCCCGAUAUGUUCCGGAGUUCUAGAGGAUCCUGUCCAGUUUGGCUUAAAGACUGGUAGGUGAGCAAUAUGUUACAGGCACCUGUAUGUGAACAUGCCUUUUGUCGUACGUGCAUUAAUGAAUGGAUAAACAGACAACCUACCUGCCCCUUGGAUCGUACACCAAUCACAUCUGCUCAGCUCAGAGCAGUUCCAAGAAUUCUUCGAAAUUUGUUGGCUCGUCUGUGCAUUAGUUGUGAUAAUAUUAUGUAUGGAUGUCAAGUAGUAGUCAAGCUUGAUAGUUUAGUGUCACAUUUGGAGCAAUGUGAAUAUAACCCUAAGAGACCGAUGCUUUGUGAACAAGGAUGCAGUCUCAUCAUUCCCAAGAAUGAACUAAAAGAUCAUAAUUGUGUAAGAGAACUUAGAAACAUCAUACAUUCUCAACAACAAAAGCUAGCUGACAUGAAGCGUGAAUUAGGUGAACAGCAGCUUCAAAUAAAUGAGCAUAAAAGGGAAAUACAUCUUCUAAAAGAUUUUAUGAGAGCUUUGAGAGUUUCAAAUCCUGCAAUGCGAGCUAUUGCUGAUCAAAUGGAAAGGGAUGAAGUUGUAAGAUGGUCUGCUACUCUUCCCAGAGCAAGGGUGACCAGAUGGGGAGGAAUGAUUUCCACACCCGAUGAAUUGUUACAGACAAUGAUAAAGAGAACUUUGUCAGAAUAUAAUUGUCCACCACAUGUGAUCGACGAACUAAUGGAGAAUUGUCAUGAAAGAAAGUGGCCUCCAGGCUUAAAUUCUCUUGAAACAAGACAGAAUUCUAGACGCCAGUAUGAUAAUUAUGUUUGCAAAAGAGUUCCAGGAAAGCAAGCAGUGUUAGUUCUUUAUUGCGAUAAUACACACAUGCCAGAAGAUAUGAUGGUUGAACCUGGAUUAGUGAUGAUUUUUGCACAUGGCAUAGAAUAAAAUUUUAUACCAAUGUUCUAUGCAUGCCAAGAUAUUUUAAAAUUCAUUUAUUCUGUUGUUUGUUAUAUUCACCAUGAUUAAUAUUCAAGGUGUAUGGAAUAUCUUUGUACUUAUGUGCAGAUACUAGGAUAUUCGCAUAACGUAUCUUGCAAUUACUAAUGCAGGAUAUUUUUUCAAAAGUAUUGAAAUGAACAAACGACAUGCCUUUUGUGAUAAACAAUUGUACAGACACAAUUGCCACAAACAAAAAUCUAAUUGAAUGUCUGGAUCUUUACACUGUGAUAUACUAUUUCAUUGAGAAAGUUCCUGAAAUUGCGUGAUAAAUAGUAACCAGGUUUUAGUUGGCUUGAAUAAUUCAUUGUACCUUCCUUUCUAUGAAUCUGAGUUUCUCUUCAUGAGAUUUGAUAAACCAACUAUUUGUCAACUAUUUCAGGAAAGUUUUUACAUAUAUAGAAGUCUGUAAGUGUUUUAUUAUAAUGCUUUAGACAAAUAAGAAACAAAAAACAUAGAAAUUAUCAAUAUGGUAAUUACUACUAUUAAGGUUUAAAUGUGUUUUGGAGGAUGAGUAUCAGAUGUUAGAGAAAAGAAUGAUUACUUUUUGUCUAAACGUUAUUUAUAUGAUUUUAAUAAAAACUUUUAAAAAUGCA